GUGUGCACAGAGAUAGAUGAUGUCAUCAGCUAUUGCACUAAGCUUGCGGAUCCGGCAAGGAGGAAAGAAAGGAAAUGAUGGACAAAAUGGUGUCUGUGAUGUAGGAAGGUAAAGGGCAGAUCGGAGAGGUUCGAAAUAAUCACACUUUUAGACUCAAAUGCUGGAGCUUCAUCAGAUUCAUCACUCGGAUCAUAACAUGUGCUGCAGAUUGAUGUUUUGGUCUCCCCAGAAGUGGAAACAUCUUCUCUACAGCUACCCUGUCAAACUUGUUAUGAUGUGGCAGACGACGUGUGCCAGGCAAAUCAAAUCCACGAGGGAAACUUGAUGGUUAAGAGAAACUUAUUAAGGAUGCCUUGUCUUUGGGAUGAAGUGAUGGCAGUAUUACCAUCCAGGAUAGAAGAUUUAAGAUUGGAGUUCAACAGAACAGUGGAUAAGAGCCUCGUUUUCUUAUUAAGACAAACGGCAGAGUUACUCUAUGAAGGCCAGGACAUAGCCAACUGUCUGCAACUCAGUCAGACUAUUAUAGACUUCUCCUGGGAGAAGCUAAACAUUGGAACUUGGAGAGAGGUGGACAAGGAGUGGAGACAAGUCUACUCUCAUGGCUGUCUUUUUAAAGCUGUCUGUUUGUGCAAGGAAGAAACAACAGUUAGAGAGGCGAUGAAAACUUGUGACAUGGGAUUGUUGAUGGGGGCGACCAUAUUGGACAACAUUCUCAUCAGACUGGUCAACGUUCUUCAGAGUCACAAAACCACUGGAAAGAGGCCUUUAGAAGAUGCUGCAUCCCAUCAGGAACUGAGCAGAAAGAAGCCAAGUGUUGUUCUUUCUUUGAUACAAGAAAACAGAACUGGAAUGGCAGUUCCAAGAGUCCGAUGUCCUUCACUGGAACAUUUCAGAGCCCAGUAUCUCAUUCCACAGAAACCUGUCAUUCUAGAGGGCAUUGUUGAUCACUGGCCUGCUGUGAGGGAUUGCAAAUGGAGUGUAGAUUACAUCCGUGACAUCGCAGGCUGCCGCACUGUGCCGGUAGAGCUGGGCUCUCGUUACACAGAUGAGCAAUGGUCGCAGACCCUGAUGACCGUGGAAGAAUUCAUUGAAAAGUAUAUUUUGGAUCAGGAUGAGCAGAACCCCGUCGGAUAUCUAGCUCAGCAUCAACUAUUUGAGCAGAUCCCAGAGUUGCGACAGGAUAUUGAUAUACCAGAUUACUGUUGUCUAGGAGAUGGAGAUGAAGAUGAGAUCACCAUAAACGCCUGGUUUGGACCAACGGGAACAAUUUCUCCUUUACACCAGGACCCACAACACAACUUCCUGACACAGGUGGUGGGACAGAAAUAUAUCCGCCUGUAUUCCCCAGCACAAACUGCAAAGCUGCAUCCUCAUCCGACCCAGCUACUGCACAACACCAGUCAGGUGGAUGUGGAGAACCCGGAUUUGGUAAAUUUUCCAGAAUUUCAACUGGCUGAUUUCCAGGAAUGCACACUAAGUCCAGGAGAGGUCCUGUUUAUCCCAGUCAAGUACUGGCAUUACGUGAGGUCCUUGGACAUCAGCUUCUCUGUCAGUUUCUGGUGGUCCUGACCGUUUUCAUCUAGUUGUGGACAGUUUCUCAAUCCUGGAACUAAAUGUUGCAGUAGGGAAUUCCAGCAACCAACCUGAGACAGAGAGAGAGAGAAGGCGGGAAGGUGACAAAGGGAAAGCAACAGAAGGAGCAAGGCUGAGACAGGCAGAGAGAGAGAGAGGAAGUCAGACUGAAUGAGAAAGAAAGCCAGAGUGAUGAACGGAAAGUGACGAAGAGAGACGGAGCAAUUGAGAAGAACAGAGGAAGAGAUGGAACAAGAGACGGUUUCACAUCAUGUGCAAGCGUUGAGCAUUAGUCUGUUAUUGAUCGAAAAGUGAAUUUCUUAUUGCAGCUGCUGACCCUCCCCCUCAGAUUAAACCACAUUCUCAUCAGGACCC